CUUCAAAAAUGACAAAUCGGACUAUAGAUGAUCAAUAGCAAUUUAGCGCCGCUGUUUCAACAGAAUCGGACUAGACUGGUUAAUUAACUAAUUAGAGAUGACAGCUUCCACUUCUGAUGCACAGACACCACAGCCUAGUGCGUCCACAUCAGGAGUGCAGCAGCAGUCGAUUAGGAACCCAUUCAUUCCUUCCGACCGACUCUUUCUAGACUUCUGCGGCACUGGUGAAUCGGCAGACAUAUGUUCUCCUCUGCUAGCUCAACUGACCAUCAAAGAAAUGCCUUCUUGCGUGUUUCCGUCAUCGCCUUGUGCAGAUAUUCCCGAGUUCGGAAGCUAUCCUCAACAUCAAGCGCAGAUUGGGAUGGACUACCAAAAUAAUCAUGGCAAGCAAGCGAAGAAAAAGUUCCGAGUGGGUAGGCUAGAAGGACUCAAAGCAGCUCACAUUUGGUGUCAAGACUACAAAGGACGUCUUCUACGCAAAGCUGUACAGAACGAAGACAUAGCAGGUAUUCAGGACCUGAUAAACGAAGGUGUGCAUGUAGACAACUGUGAUGAAAAGCAGAGAACGGCCUUACAUUUAGCUUGUGUGAAAGGCAACAAUACAAUAGUGUCAUUUCUCCUCAGCCAUGGUGCUAACCCCAACUGCAAAGAUGUUAACCUCAAUACACCUCUAAUGCUAGCUUGCCUAUCCAGAAAUAUUCCUACAAUCACACUGCUGCUGAAGAAAGGAGCGAACCCUAAUUUAUGUGACUCGAAGGGCAACAACGCUCUAAAUAUAGCCCAAAACAGACUUACCCAUUUGCAGCAAUGCCAAGUUGCUUGUGAGUAUUUGCGUGACGAAUUGAUGCACAUUAUUACAAUGAUUCGAGAGUUCAUCCAUCGAAGUGAACAAAUUCAAAAUUCCAGUAAUUCUCAAGUAUCGAGAGUGCAUGAUCUAAGUGCAGCUCCUUCACGUGGAAAUAAUGAACCAAGGUCAACUAAUUCCUCCUCCUUAGAAGAGUUGCAUAUUGAAACUCUAAUUAGCAAACUGUCUUUUUCGUCGGACAGUAAAUCUUCAGAUGAAAGCCAGAAUAUAACGAGGCAAGUUGCAGAUGAAUUUCAGGAGCUGUUGGUGAAAUUCAGUUCACAUGUUAAGGUGUCCUAAUUUGUAAAUUUCUGUUUUCUAGUUAAUUUAAUUAGUAAGGGGUGGGAAUUAAGUGUUUUCGAGUUUGUACAAGGGAUAAUUAAAACAAUUCCAAUAAGUUUGCAAAUUGCAAUUAGU